AUGGGAGCGUCUGCUUCAAGGAGAACUAAACCUGCAGUCAUUUCUGCUGUUUGGGCGGCGGCUUCGUCUGUGCUGGUUCCUAGUGUGGUGGAUAAUGGUGCCAAGUCGUUGCCUAAAUUAGCUGGUUCUCGGACGGGUUUGUAUGAGACCAUUAUCAAUGGGGUGAAACAGGGGAAUCGGGCGUCGGAGCCCUUGGCACGCGGCGCUUCUGCGUUGUCAAGGGCGAGGCUAUGGGGCCUAUCUAAAGAGAUUGUGCAAUCUUGUGUGGAUGAUCAUGAUCAAGAAACUGGCACCGAGAUCGGUGUGGAAGAAAGGCAGUCCGUGGAAUUGGAUGUGACAAAGCGGAUUGCUGAUGCCUCGACAUAUCGGGAAUUCAAGAAAGAGCCUACGGUUCUGACCGAGUCACUCGAAGCACGGAGAAGUGCCAUACGAGAGGCUAGAAGAGUGUUGAGUGGAUGGAUCCCCAAUCUAGGGGACGAGAAUUGGGGGUUGGAGGUGCUGAUUGAUCCCAAGAAGCGAAAGCGUUGUCCCAAUUGA